AUGGGAUACCACGAAAUUUAUUGUCUGAUAUGCAAUGUCAGUUUUGCUAUCGCUCGCAUCCGCACACUCAAUGAGCCACCUGACGCAUCCUGGGGUUGCUGUGGAAUCACCACCCGCAAAAAUGAAUUUGUGAAGGUGGAGGACCUUGAGUACGGAAAUGAGUUCGGAGAGGAGGAUUCCGAAAUGGAAAGUGACGAGGAAUAUGAGGAUGAGCUAGGAGGGUGUGGAGAUGGAUGUAUGAUGGCUGUAUGGCCAUGGGAUGGGACAGAGUCUAUUGCUGGUAACUCCUCGUAUAAUCCUCACAGUCUACACCCUACCGAGGAAAUGUACUAUCGAAGGGUCAAGAAUCACCCCGAAGAAGUCAGGCCACAGAUAUGGGCCAGACUCAUAGGCGGCAAUCCUGUUAGGCUGGAACACAUCGCAGGCCCGGAUUGCGAGAGCGAGUCGGGAUACAACGGACACCUCAUCUCCGUAGAGGAAAUGAGGGGAUGCAAUACCAUGCAGGGGCUGAUUCUGAAAGAUCCAGACUGGGAGCCGGAAGAUGGGGACGAGGAGUUCGAAAGGUCUGGCCGAUAUUAUCUCACCGGGCUACAAGACGCCAACACCAAUCUCGACGCUUAUGAUUCGUGUACGCCUACAAGACACGGCUGUUACUCCGUGCUUCCAGCCUCUUACAGUGAUGACACUGAUGAAAUAAUGGGGAACAACGCCAAACCAGUCUAUCACUAUUCCCUACCUGUCCACCCCACCUGCUUGGAGGUUUUGAAAAGGGUUCAUCUGCGCCGAUAUGGACACGCCGGUAUUGACAAGUUCCUAAUGUGGUGGGAGCUAGGUGUCAAAAAGAGAGCCCUACCCAAAGACCCAUGCCGAAUAGAUGCUUCUCAUGGCCGAGAUCAAUACUGGCUACAUAACACUGGCGCCGAAUAUUUGGCUGCAAACCCCCUUUUUGUGCCCGGGCUUGAAAAGAUCUUCCGUCUCGCUGAUACCGCGCCCCUUUCCGAGGGUGGCAAGAGAAAUUACAAUGUCGAGGACGAAGUGUUCGCUGUGUUGCCAACUGAACUACGCAGAAUGAUAUUUGACUACCUAAGCAGAGAUGAGAUCACAAAGCUUCACCACGCAUCGCCUUUGUUGUAUCGCAACGCGAUGAUGGACUUGGGGGAUUCAUUUAUGAAAGAACAUCCCUGGCUGUGGGAAUAUUGGACGGAGUUGCCAUACUCCACUUGGGCGCUCACAACCGCCACUGAGCUGCAAGAAUCAAUCGAGAGCCCGGUCAAGCAGCUCAUUGCUUCACGUUCUAUUGACUGGGGCUCCGUCAUGAGGAUGUUUUGGAAUGGAGAGCAGUCUGGCCGCUUGAAGGGUCUUCGGAAUCGUGGCCGGAUUUGGAAAGUUUGUGACAUGAUAUUGGACAAAGUCGAAGAACAUCACCCUUUGGUCUCAUGA